GCCCGGGGCGGCGCGGCCGCCAUGGACCUGCACAUCCUGGAGCACCGGGUGCGGGUGCUGAGCUUGGCCCGCCGCGGGCUCUGGCUCUACACGCACCCCCUGCUCAAGCUGCUCUUUCUGCCCCAGCGCUGCAGGUGCAAGUUCUUCAGCCUGACGGAGACCCCCGAGGAUUACACCAUCAUGCUGGACGAGGAGGGCUUCAAAGAGCUGCCGCCCUCCGAGUUCAUGCAGGUGGCAGACUCGACGUGGCUGGUGCUCAGCGUCGUCUCCAACGGCCGGGCGCCCUCGGGCUCUCAGGCCACCGGCGUCACCAAGAUCGCCCGGUCGGUCAUCGCGCCGCUGGCCGAGCACCACGUCUCAGUGCUGAUGCUGUCCACGUACCAAACCGACUUCAUCCUGGUCCGGGAGCGCGACCUGCCGGUGGUGAUCCACACGCUGGCCGGGGAGUUCGACAUCUACAGGGAGGAGAGUGGAGAGAGUGUCCCGGUGCCCUGCGACGACGUGAGCAACGGCUUCCUCAAGCCCAAGCCGGCCGCCGGCCGCACGCUGCACCCCGUGCAGAGCCCCCAGACCCGCUUCUGCGUCCUGACCGUGGCCCCCGACACGCUGCCCGCCAUCGCCACGAUGCUCAUCGACGUCCUGUUCUACUCGCACAGCCCCCCAAGGGAGGCUGAUGCCAGCAGCCAGGACCUGGACUCCAUCACCUUCUUUGCCUUCUCCCUCAUCGAGGGCUACAUCUCCAUCGUGAUGGAUGCUGAAACCCAGAAGCGAUUCCCCAGUGACCUGCUGCUGACCAGCUCCAGCGGGGAGCUGUGGCGGAUGGUGCGCAUCGGUGGGCAGCCCCUCGGUUUCGAUGAGUGUGGCAUCGUGGCCCAGAUCGCUGAGCCACUGGCGGCCGCUGACAUCUCGGCCUAUUACAUCAGCACCUUCAACUUUGAUCACGCCUUGGUCCCCGAGGAGGGCAUCGCUGAGGUCAUCCAGCUGCUGCAGCAGCGCCAGGAUGGUGGCAGAUAGCGGCCAGCUGUGCCCAGUGAGGUGGCACAAUGGGCUCCCCCUUCCCCCCACCCUUGGAUUAGUUGUGUGUUUGAGUCUUGAGGCUGUCCCAGCGUGGGACAGAGCUGGGUGCAGCUUUGUCCCUGCCUGCUGGGGACGUGGUGGCUCUGGGGACUCAGUUCCCACCCCCCACCAGCCCCCAGGUACCAGGCCACUGUCCCUCUGUGCCACCCCAUGGAUGAAGCCAAAGGGCAGUCUGCUGCCAUCCUCUGCCUCCAGCCCUGCUCACAAGGGCUUGGGGGGCUUGGGAGGAGAGUGGGGGACUGUGGGGACCUCAGAGGGGGAAAUGCCAAUGAGCUGUGCUGUGCCACCAGGCUUGGGGUGACAGCCCAUGGCUGGGGGGUUGUGUCCCCAGGCCCUGUGUGUGGCCCUUUGGGGUAAGGAGGGGAUGAGGGGGUGACUGUGAUGCUCUGUGGGACCCCUGGACUGGCCUCAGAGGGGAUCAAAGUAUCCUCACAUUUGGGGUUCCUCCUGGGCACCCCAAAAAUCUCCAAGCUGGGAGAGGGGGGCUGUGGUUCAGCCACAGCCUUGUGUCCUGGGGUGACCCCCUGGCCCUGCCUGGCCUCUUGAUUGUCCUGUGGGGUGAUGGUGACCCCCCAACUCCUCCUGGGCUGUGUUUUCACAUAGUUUUUAAUAAGUCAAUAAAAAUGGUGUUAUUUUUA